CUGAUCCAAAACGCAUUCCAUCGCCAAUUCCCAUCUACCUUGGGUACCUCUUCAAGAGCCACGAUCUCCACAGACAUCGAUUUCCAGCUAGGUACAACCACGGGCGCCAUCAGUAUCGAGGUUGUGCUCCGCUGCAGAUUGGAGCUGGGACCACACCUGAUCUCCAGAUCCCUGCACCACGGUAACGGUCGCCCCGCCCAGCCACGGAAUCGGCCAAACAUUCAGGGCCUGGUCGCUAAAAGUGGACUCGGCGGGGUGGUUUAAAAAGCUGGCGCGACUGUUUUCCCUCUUCCAGACCAACCAUUUUCCACCAAGCUCUUCUUUCUCUGUUAUACCAAGCAAGAGCUUACAAAUGCGGCACCUCCCCUCAUGACCCAUGGGAUGUCUGCCGCAAUCCUCAUCCAGACUCUGACCGAGUCCUUCGCCGCCCUUGCAGACGAAGUUCAGUCGCUGAUUGAUCGCAAAACCAUCUUGGAGCACAAGCUGCGCUACGCCCAUGAACAGCAGUUUCAAUAUCUCGCCGACAAGUAUGCAGUACCAGACGUGUCUGAGACUCUAGCAAAACUCCAAAUACCACCAGAUUUACAUCUACUCGCGACGGCAACGUCAGCUGUGCCUUUGCCAAAACGUGGACUUGACGGGAACAACCAGCACCAAAUCGCGCUGCUCAUCAGAGAGGGACGCAAAGCCGCAAAGCAGCUUGCUAUCGCCAUGACCGACGCAGUCCAGUUUGCCAGGUCAGGUCAAGACACUCCGCUGUCGCUAGGAAUGGAAGGGUUGACGGCUGCGUCAACGGUCCUGGAAAAGGACUUUACCGUUCAUGGGAGAAAGGGCUCCCUAGCGUGCCCCUUCUCGACCAAGCUGAAUCAAAACAGCAUACCUCAUGUUCACUACGCUGAGCAGGUCGACGGCUCCCAGGACCUUGCUGGCGGUGCCGGUGCUGAUCCCACGCCUCACAAGUCAACUGAUCCCAUAUGCGCCGCCAUGCUUGAAGAUGCCGUGCCCAGUCCCACGGCCGCCGCUGCUGCCUCCAAAUGUCCGAUCCGUUUCCUAGACAAGCACUCGCCUGAAGAAAUUGCGCACUACGUGGAGACCCACAAGCAUGAGAUUCCCCGAAGCCAUGAGGUCUGCGUCAGGAGGUAUCAGCGGAACGAAGAGCAGAUAAGAAAGCUCGACGCCAAGUAUGGUAACCUCGUGAGCAUGGUCGAAGACUUGAGCCACUUGCACCGCCCCAUGUUACCUCCUGCUGCCGGGAACGACAAGACCGGGGUGGGCAGCACCUCGUCGAAUAAGAGAGUAGAGGACUGGGCCCAGACGAUUGUUGCUGCCGAUCCUGACAUCCAGGAUAACGAUAUGCCACCGACGCCUCAUGACGAGGAAGGGGAUCGGGGGAAUAGAUUCGACCGCAACUUCCGCGAGGUCCGUGUGGGCGAGUCGCCGACUAGACCUUGGGGAAUUCCUGUGCCUAUCCAAGACGGCCUGCAACCACAAGAUAUACCUCCUGUCCGCAGCUCAUCGCCCGUCCCUCCGAUGAGAACAGAGGCCCCGGCAGUUGCGCCAGAAGUCAAAGCGGAACCUAAGAAGUGUCCCUUUGACCAUACCAAGAUGGGAUUCAAAACUCAAAUGAAACCGCAUCCUCCGACGGCAGACCCGAAUCUCAACGCUGGCCAUAAUUUGAACACAUCCUCCUUGCCGCUUAAGUACCACCAGGAAUUGCCUUCGAGUCCGCCCCAGCCACCGUUUGUCAACCUCCCCAAGUCUGUCAAACCUGCCGCCCCAACAUCGGGCGACAAAGGCGCCGAUCGGCCGCCGCAGAUUGUGUAUAACUUCAACGGGCCGGUGUUCAUUGGGUAUCCGAUGGAACAGGCCAUGCAGCUUAUGCAACAGUGGCAGCAACAGAAACAAUAGGGCAGGCAUCUCUUUUCUUUUUGCAUGUAUAAGUUUUGGCAAGCGAGGAGUUGGGGCAAAGAAUCAGGAUAGUAUCACAAGGUAUUGAGAGCAGGUUAAUUGGUUUAUAGCAUUAGCAUUUGAGGUAGACAUGACAUGUAGGAAACAUGCUCGGGAACAAUGGGCCUGCCUUCUGUAAAAGACAGAAACAACUCUUUGCUUGAGUACGUGUACAAGGCUCUCUCCAGACCUCGGAGAGAUAAUCGAAAUGCAUGUCACAUCUUUCGAAGCCUUCAUUGAGGGGUCGCAGUCUCUGUUUUUCUGUUUCCACAAUGUGGCCAUCUAGAUU